UCUAUUAAAAGUUUUAAGUUAAUUUUUAUUUCCAAUAUACCUACAUACAAAAUAAUAACGUUGUAAAGAAAUUAAAUUGCUUUUCAUAAAGAUAUUUCCGAUUUAAUACAUAUAAUGAAAAAAAACUCUUGGAUGAACGAUGUUUUACUAGAGUAAAACAAUAAACAACAAUAAAAGAUAAUGGAUGCUAACAAAAAUUAUGCUUAAUGUAAGCUAAAAACAAAAAAAAAAACUAAAUUUUCAGUUUGUAUCAUUGCAAUUUUUUUCAUGACCUAGUUUCUUCAUCAACUAUAAAAAAUAUUCAUAAUUUUAUUUUGGUGUUAACGGAAAAAGAAACAAGAUGUGGUUUUCACCAAAAAAGAUUGUUUAAGGUAAAACACGAGUGCACAGUGUAACGCUUUUUGUGUGAACGAUUUUAAACUGUAUGGACUUAUUUAUUACUAAUUAGAUUUAUUAACAAUUUUAACAAUAUCCAUACACUGUAACAUGACAGAUACGAUUAACAUUACCAAGGAAAAUUGAAAUGAAUGAUACAGUUUUGCUAAAAAUAUAAAAAAUUAGCAAAUAGUAAAAAAAAACAUUAACAAAACCUCAUUAGAUACAGGUCAGUAAACACUGAAACAAAGAAGAGCAAUAGUACUUUCCGUCUGUCUGUCCCUUUAUACGAAAAUUAAACAGAAUUUUAUUUUUAUAUCAAUGAACUCGUAUCUCAACUACGCAGGCGUGUGGGUGUGAGACUGAAUUAAAAACAAAACAAAUAAAUUUUAAUUCAAUGCUGUUUUUUUUUUGAUUAUGAUGAUGAUGAUGGUAUAAAAUUAUGCAGAAAACCUUAUGCAAUAUGUUGUUACAACCAUUUUAGGGAAAAACUAACAAAACAUUAACAAUUUUUGCAAAAAAAUAGACAAAAAAUAUUUGCCUAUUUUUCAUUAAUUUUUUUAUAUUUGAACUGAAUUUGCGUGUUAGCAAAAGUUAAUAAGUUUAGGUGUAAAUUAUUAACAUACUUUAGUAUAGUGCUGAAAAUUAAACUAAACAUACGAAAACGAUAAAACGCUUAAAAAAAUUAACGAUUUUGUUGUCCUUUUUAUGGACCAGUGAUGAAAUAGUAAAAAAAAAACGAAUAUAAAUAUUACUUAAUAAGAAUUAUAAACCAACCAUGCAUUGGUUAUGUGGUUUAAUAGUGACCGUAAGCUGUUUGCUAACUUUGGGUCAAACACAAAGCUAUAGAUAUCCAGCUCAAAGAAGGGCUGGUUACAGUUAUACACAACCAUCGUCAUCGUAUUAUAAUCAACCUAAGAACUAUUAUCAAUCAUCGGCAAAUAGCAGAUAUACUCCAGCCAAAAGUUCUUCUUCAUACUACAAUAGUGUAACAAAUCCCUCCUAUACUAAUUCAUAUACAAAACAGUCAACGGCUCUAAGGAAUUCAUAUCCCUAUAGCAGUUCAUCAGCUGCAUAUACAACAAAAGCAACAACACGACAACCUUAUAGUCAGUCAUCGGGAUUAACAAAUUUUAUAAAUCGCAACUAUGAAGCAACACCCUCAAAAAACAGCUAUUAUAGAAAUUCUGCCAAUAGCUACUCUAAAGGAUCUUAUAAUUCCUUGUCGGAUAGCUCAAAUACAAAACAAUAUUUAAGCAAUUCAUAUAAUUCAGAUAAUUAUAAAAAGGAUAGUUCCAGCAGCGACAGUGACAUAGCGAAUACUAAAGGCAAGAAUCGUGUUAGUAAAGCUGAUGCAGAAAAUGCCAAAUUUGCUGGUGCUGAAAAUCAGGAGAAUGAAGAAGACGCCCGUACUGCCCACUUGAAACGUAGAAAAUUCCAUCGUCGUUUUGGUGGAGUCCUGGGAAAUCCCUGUUCACCUUUUGGUCGUGAUGCUGGCAAUGGUGUAACACCGCCUCCUAAAGAGCAAGGACGUAUACUGUGGGAUGUUAAUGUUUACAAUGUUUUCCCACAAACUUCAGUUGGUUUAGGUUGUGGUGGUUAUGGAGGUUUCGGUGGAGGUCUGGGUGGUGGUUUAGGUGCUGGUUUGGGAGGUGGUUUGUUAUCGGAUCCCAUAGCUCCCGCCUAUUAUCCGCCUGGUGCGGGAAUAGCAAAUUUUUUGGGUUUAUUUGCUCCUGGUAUAUUACAGAAUACUUUGGCUGUUACAGCUCGACCGCCUCAGUAUGCUGACUAUGCACAGUCGUCGAAUGUAAACAAUAAUGAUUUACAAAAUGAUCCAGAAGUAGAUCCAAAUUAUAGACCAGGAGGGGGCGGAGGUGGUGCAUUACCAGUAAGAAGACCUAAUCGUGUUUUCUACGAUUCGGUUGGAGCGCCUCCUAUAACUCCCGGACAAUUAGUGGGUGGUAUCGCUACGACAGUCAACGGUAUUAUACAACAGUUAACCGGUAACGUACAGCCAGUUUAUGGAUAAUUUUAGAAAUCGUUUGAUUCAUGUUGCCGUUUAAUAUUACUAUUAUUUUAUAAGUUGUUUUUUAUACUUUUUUUAAUUGUUAUUUAAUAAUUUGAUUUUAAGAAUUUUUUAUACAAGAAAAAAAAAAUAAAAAUAUACGAGCGAAAUCAAAAAUUGUUUCAAUAAUG